GGCGAAUUGCACAUGCCGCAAUGAGCGGGAACGAAAUUCAGGCCGCGGUUGAUCUUGAUCGCUACGUUAUCUUAUGGGCGCGAACCGGUGGACGCGGAGACGGCUUGCGUAUAUGAGUGUGUAACCUGGCCUUCAAGCGCCUAUUCUUCCCUUGGGCGUACUCUCUGCUCGGUGAUCGUUUCAUACCCAAGAGAUGAGCUUCUCUCAUUGGAAGAUCCCGAAUAAUGGUUUUGGGGUAAUGGACGAUCCGGUGCCCUUGAGGCCACCAUACCCAUUGUACCUACGUGGACAUCGUAGACCACUUCGCUCGGCUUCGGGAGAUAGUUGGUUGAGUGACGCACCGACGCUCGAGAUGUACGACUAUGCUCCACACUCUCCACCUCCUUCUGGUCACAAAGCUGAUCCAACUUGUGCGGAGGCGCAUCCAGGGAUUGCUCCCCGGGAUCCCGUAGGAUGGGCACUAUGUGCCAGGGUGAUGAAAGAUCAUGACCACGAGAUGGUCAAAUCGCUAAAAGACGAAAUAGACUCAUUGCUCGUCUUCGCUGGUCUCUUCUCGGCCGUCGUUACGACCUUCGUCGUAGAUUCGUACAAGAAUCUACAACAGGACUACGGAGAGACGUCCACUCAGCUUCUCUACACCAUCGCUCAGCGACUUGAUUCCCAAAACAAUUCAUCUUCUGAGACGCAAGCACCUCAUCUCGCUGAUCCCAAUCAGAAUUCGUACUACCCUUCGUCGUCGUCCAUUCGAAUAAACUCGUUCUGGUUUUCGA